GUGUACGUAGUUGAUUGGCCAUUACAUUCCCUACAGUUCACUGUUCGCCGGUACACUGGUGCCAACAGUGUACGAAGUUUUAACUGCAACUAGUUGGUUUUGGGUCUCCAGAAAUCAAUACGGAUGGAUUACCUCCAAAUAGCAGAUGAAGUUGCCCAGAAGAUUUGGUCAUAUAACCAAGAUGACUCAGGGUGGAAAUUGGCCAAGAAUUCAAAGAAUGUCACCGUGUCCUGGAAGCCUUCCAACGAAUAUGCAGGAAACCUAUAUCGUGGAGAGGGUAUAAUAGAAGAUACUCCUGAGAAAAUUAUUCCCUUCAUGUACUUGCCUGAAUACAGGAACAAAUGGGACACAGCUGUGAAGUCCUACACAUUCUUAGAGAGGAUUGAUCAGGACACUGUGAUAUCUCACACUAUUACCCACAGUUAUGGACUGGGACUCAUUUCCUCAAGGGAUUUUGUUGACCUCAUCAAUGUUAAAAGAUAUGAAGGGGGCAUUGUAACGACCAACUCUGCGAGUGUGGAUUACCUGAAACGUCCUCCUUCUCCGUCUCACAUACGUGGACACAACAACCCCUGUGGAUACAUCUGCUCCCCGUUGCCAGAGACUCCAGGGCAUUCUAAACUAGUGGUGUUUAUCCAGCCUGACCUUGGAGGGAUGCUACCGCGAUCUGUAGUGGAGUCUGCCAUACCGAACAACAUUGUCAACUUAAUCAAUGAUACACGAACAGGAAUAAAAGCAAUGUGCUAGUACUGGAAAAAAAAACACUGGGUGGAGGAACAAAUCACAGUCAUUCCAUAGCCACCAGUUUCACACUGGCUUCUGUAACUUAAAAAAACUGCACUCAGAAUUAAUACACCAAUUACUGUUUCCCAACAAAAUAUAUGUUGCCAGAGGAGAAAUAACCGAGCGUCUACUACAGCAGGGGUUCCGAAGCUGGGAGCCACGGGAUUGUUUCAGGGGGCACAUACAAAAAUGUUCCCUCCCAAAUGACCUUGAUAAAGCGAUGUUCCCCAGACCAGGCGGACAAUUGAUUUACACAAAUGCUGUUGUCAGGUACACGAAUAUAAGCAAUUAUAUUAGUGCACUCUUUAAUUACAUACAUUUUUUAAUUAAUUAAUUAAUUAAUUAAUUAAUUAAUUAAAUGCAGGAUUUCUCCAAUGUAUGGUUCCCCCUACAUAAAUAAAAUAAACCAUACUGCUCCCGCUUACCUUUACAGACAGGUUGCAGUCAGUGUACUGAAUACACUAAUUAUGCUGGCAGUGGAGCGGUUUCUUAAACGUGUGAGGAAAUGACUCUGAACACAAUGAAAGUACAUCUACCGGUACAAACUAACAACCCGAAGAUCAAAAUCAAGAUGUCGGGUGGGGGUCCUCAGCCAGGAUGCCUCAUGUCAUGGGGUCCUGGUCCCAGUAUAUGUGCUUACCUCAUCAAAAGAUUAACAAUGUUUAUAUUUUUUUUAACAUGGCUGGUAUUUGUAUUACCCUGGGUGCUAUCGGCCGGGAGAGAGACUCAGAACACAGAAAGCUGCAAGUUUAAAUGCAAAUGCGCACGUUUAUUUUACAAACAACAGAACAGACAACGAACAAAAACAAAUUAGCAAAAUAAAAGGCACAAGGGCUUUUAUCAUCUCACUUUUGAUAAUGUAACAACUACUUUGAAAACGUUCAGUAGUCACUCUGUUUUGAGUUUUGCUGAAUAAUUUUUAUUUUUUUUAAAUGGUAAAGAUGCAUUAAUGUUUUUACACUAAAUACACAUUUUACUAGAAAUAAGUUUAGAAAAUAUGUAUGUAUACACACACACAAUGCUGAGUAUUCAAUGAAUUCAGGUUGGCUUGAAAUAUUUAAAUAAACUGUUAGACUGAGUA